AUGGAGCAAUUGAGAAACUCUUUUGUCGAAAAAGGCCGAUUUUUACACUUACAAGAGGGCUUGGAAAGUCAAAUAAACGCGCACGUGAAAUCUGAUGACAGUGCGAUUGCAGAUGCAAACAGAGGGGUUUGCACGAAAGACAAAUCAACAAAAGACAACCACGAAGAGGAAUGUAAGCUAUACAAGACAGCUGUAACGCGAGACAAAGAUUCUCUAAGGUGGUGUUAUGUUAAAACUUGCCUUGAACUUCUAAAACUUCUGAAAGAAUCCUUGAUUGAACUGAAAAGAGAAGGCGAGGGAAGUGGAGAGGAGUCAGCUCAUGGCAAACGUGGUAACGAUGCUCCUCGUUUGCCUGCAGAUUCGUUAAGUGUUGGGGAUCAAAAAACAGUGCUAACAGCUAUCCAGUUUGUGGUGAUUUUAGGCAUUUCGCCUAAUCUUCUCCCAGGUGUUGGAAUACCGCUGGAAAAGCGUUCAGGAUUUACCAGUGUACUAAACAUUCAGUGUACGAUUAAGAGUGAACGACGUCUAUUUGAAUGCGUAGAUACACUGGUUGACUGUGUAGCACAGCCUUCACUGGGUUCUCUUGUUUUAUCCAGACAUCUGGGAGACAUUUUGUCUGGUUUAAUACAGAUUUGUUAUGCCCCUGUGUCAGCUUAUUCAAAUGCUAAUAAUGACACUUACAGCAACAUAAGCAGUUCAACAUGUUGUGAAGUAAACAGACAUUCAACUGACGAUACUGGGCUGUUAGAUGAAAGUCAGAAAAGUGUGGAAAUUCAUGACUCAGAGGCAGUAUCACCAAUUCCAAAUAGUAAUUCUAGUGUCCAAUUACACCCAUAUGAUGCAUGUAAAGUGUCAUGCAAAUCUGUUGAAUUGGAUGGUGGAUUAUUUAUAACUUCUGUUGAAAGAGAGAAGUGUAUCUGCAAUCUGGAGAGAAUUCUUGAUCGUGUCUAUCAACCAAUAGUAAUACAAGAACUUCUGCUACUUCAAGGAAGUCGAGCACAUGCUAGCAAACAAUCUGUUAAAGAUAAUGAGAGAUCAAGUAUUUCAGGAGAAAACAAGAAAACGGGCGGAAAGAAACAAUCAGUGUUGUUGUCACAAACUCCCAAGUGGAUGACAAAUAUUUGUGGACAGCUUCUCUCUGAAAGGCUAAUGAAACCAAAUGGAGUCAAAGCAGUUUUACAUGGAUUUCUUGAAGGAUUGGCAGGUUGUCAAUGCUGAUAAUCAACUUUUGUAAUAAGUGUUAUUGUUUUAUUACUGUGCGAUUGCUAUAACCGGGGUAACCUAGACAAAGUCGACCAAUAAAUUAUUAGAUGACAGGAAAAUAACAGUACAUUCCGAGAAAGCUAGUUGUCAAUCGUAAUUACCAUGACACAAAAUCAACAAUGACUUGAGGUCACUAGUUAUUGCAAAAUGUGGCAAUGGUAGCGGAGAAAUUGCUGGGAGAUGACAAAAUAACAGCUUGUAUCAAACAAAUAUGUCUCCUGGGUGUUAUAUUUAAAGUUUCAAAUAGAAAAACAUUGUCUGGUGAAACAUUUUGCUUUCUUGAAGAACAUUUGCUAUCAAUAUUUAAUUUUUGUGCUUCGAGUAACAUAUUGUUUUCUUAUGAGCUGCUGAUUAGCCCACAACCAACUUUCUUGGAAAUGUAUUGUUAUUUUCCUGUAAUCCUAUUUUUCAACUUUGUCCAGGUGAUCCCGGUUACAGUAGUCACACUACUAUAAUAGUACCAAAUUAAAUCAACAAAACUAAGUCAAGUCAUGUUAAUUGCACAUAGACCUUAUGACGGUUUUGGAAGCCAUCUUGUCAGGUAGGCAACCGCAUGAAAAAUAACAGUGUUUGUAAGAGAAUAAUGUCCAAUAACUUUCUUGAAACGACUGUUCUGAAGAAAGUAGGAAUUGUAAAGCAAAGCUAUGCAGCAAAGGAUUCUACUAACAAAUUUUGGAGGCUGUGCCUGUGCUUAAAUUUCUACACUGUUGCUUUUAUUAGAUUUUCCAUGUACCGGUACAUAUAUUUGUUUGCAAUUUUUCCUGAAAAAUAUGAGUAUGCAGGAAAAAAAACAUUUUACAGACAAAUGUAUAAAAAAUUUUAAAAAGUGGUUCUAGUGCAGGUAACACCCUCAAGUUUUUUCAGUAGAAUCUUUAGGAAUGAAGCUUUAGUUUACAAUUCAUAUUUUUUUCAGAUCAGUGUUUUUUAUGGAAAUUAUUCGACAUUAGAUCCUUGUAUAAACACUGUAAUUUCUCACAUGGUUGCCUACCCAUCAAGAUGGAUUCCAAAACCAUGGUAAGGUCUAUUGUGUUUGAUGUCUCUGUCAUCUGCUUAGUUGUCUUUGGUAAUUUCAGGACAAGCUGAUUCACCUGAUUGGCAGAAGUGUGAUGUUAUUGCUAAGGUGAUUGCUAACUGUCCAAGUAAGGCGGAAUCCGUUGAACAAUACUACCAGUUAGUAUCUUCACAGGUGAGGUGGUUUUUAAAUACUAGACAAUAAUGACCAUUAUUAAAAACUGAACCAUUGGAUAAUGCAAUUCUAGCAUUUUGAUUGGCUUAGCCAUUAUGGUAUAUGAGCUAAUAUACCAUGCUCUCCAUAUAUGGUCAGUGUACGCGUCAGUUUAAAAUUGGAUGCUAGCUGAGAUUUUUUUUUUCGCGAAGGAUAGAACGGCGCCUGAAGCAAAUCGUUUUAAUUCAUUUCUUAGAAUACUAGAAAUGCAAUUUCAUCGAAAGAAAAAAGACAGAAACAAACAAAAAAGCUAGCCACAAGAGCUUGUUUGAAAGUUUGUCGAAAAACACAUGAAAACACAUGGAACAAAAAGUACCCUGACCAGCUAUGAAAGAAGGCAAGUGUUGUUUCUUCAUGAUCGCGAAGCCAUUCGCCGAUCGAGUCACUCGCCGAUAGAUAACUGCGGCUUGUUUAUCCGACAUUAAGAAUAUAAAUCACAAGUAACCAGCUACAAAUACAGGCUAUGCAGCCAUUCACUAGAGCAAUCGAGGCGGCAGUACAGCUUCUUUUCUCGUUCAGCAAAACCAGCUUGUGGCUUCAAACAACUUCAUAACAAGUGACCAAGGUAAUAGUUUUUCUCCAUUGUUCUUACUUUUAUAACUGCACCGAAAAUCCAAAUUCACAGUGAUUUCGACGGCUGUCACUUAAAAAUUCUUUUCCUUCACAUUAUCUGCCAGGUUUUUUUAGCUGUUCUGCUGUGUAAAAUCCUAGAAUCCCGAUGAGUUUUUAAAAAACUAAUGUUCAUCGCUACAAUGUUUUGAUUUUUCAUUCAUGCAGUCCAGGCGAGUCCGUUUGCGCGUUGACAGUUUUGAUAGAUGUGUGACAUGUGAAUAGCGGAAGUUGCUUGUCUUUUCCGGUUUGUUCUAGUAUUUUGUGGGCGUUUUUAAUAAAACAAUUAUUCCACUCGCGCUUGUUGGAUAUGAGAUGAUUAUAGCCAACUCGGCGCCUCUUUGGCUAUCUAUCAUCUCAUAUCCAACGCGCCCUCGUGGAAUAAUUGUAAAAUAUCAAUGCAUUAUUAAGAGAAAAAGUGUGAGAACUAAUAAAAUGAUCAUCAAAGGACAAUGCUUUGAUCUUUUAUCAAAUUCUUCUAACUAAUUCAUAAAAGAAAUGUAUGGAGAUCAGUUUGGAAAAUUUGUAUUUUGAUAUUGGGGCUUAAUGGGUUAAGUGAACUAGGGGUAGUUUUCAAAGAAGCUGUGGUGUGACAUUGAUGGGGCAUUGGUUUUUGAGUGAAGGAUAAAAAUGUGGUGUUAUCAACUGAGUUGAUAAAGUGUGACUUUAAAAUAAUAUAUGAAUUAAAUGAUCAAUAUAUCUAAACUGCAGAUAAAGAUAUCUUUGAGUUAGUAAAGUCAAUUUACCAUAUUAAAAAGAUUCAAUCUUUUUUCAGACUGAAUUAAUAAAGAUGACCUAAUCAACUAACAAAUCUUUCCAAAUGGAUUUCACUAUAAAAAUUAAUGUUAAAAAAGAAACGAUGUUUCGACAAACCAGUGGUCAUUUUCAAGUUCAGAAGUAAAAAAUUUGCAUGUGCUUAUAUACAAUAAUUCUCAAAGGGCUAAUGAGCUACUGACUAAAAACCUCUAAAAUAUUUACCUGGAAACAAUACAAGAAACGCUAAAAUGAUAAAAACAAUAAAGGAUAUUUUAAAGUGAAAUAAUUUACAGUGAAACCUCUAUUAAGUGGACCCCCAAUUAAGCGGACACCUUCUAUUAAGCGGACACUAAGCCAGGUCCCGAAAUUGACAUGUUAUAUUUCCCUUUAUAACGAACCCCUAUUCAGCGAUCACCUCUAUUAAGCGGACAUGGACACUAAAAUAAGUUGUAUUUGGCUAAUUUCUAUUGUUAAAAACCUCUAUCAAGCGGACACUGGACUCAAUUGACAAUAGUAGUUUUGGAUUACGUCCUUGAAAUACGUACUGAAGUCAGUUAAUGUUUUUGCAUUUACAACCAAAUUAAAGUUGGUAAUGAAAGGUAAUGAACUUGAAUUCUGGAUAGCUUCUUUAACAACAUGGAACUUUAUCACAGUACAGACUAACCAUUGAAUGUUGAUUGCUAACAAACAUUGUACAACUUUUACAACCUCCUUUCAGCAGACACCCUCUGUUAAGUGGACACUUGGGAAGGUCCCGAAGGUGUCCGCUUAAUAGAGGUUUCACUGUAAUUAUAAUAUAAAUAGCUUUGCAUGGAUCAAGUCACACUGUUUGUUCAGUUUUGGUUUGAGUUCAUGAAUAAAGAGCAUUUCAAAGGUCAAGCAGUCCAGUUUGCUCUGACUUUAAGAUUUUGAAAUUGCUUGUAACGGUCUCCAGAUCCUUUCCAUGCUCAUCCUUUAUGUGGCUGACGAAUGUUUAUUGCUUGUUUUCCUCCACGCGUUUAUGUAAGUGUUGACUCAGGGAGCCGACUUAGUCUGCAUCAAACAGUCUGACCACACUUGAAAUAAUAAGCAGCGUUUUGUUGUUUCACAAUAAUGGAGGUUAUUGGAGGUUAAUGUUCCUUUGGUUUGAUUUUUCCUUUGAUCUCCUGACUUGUGUAGACAGGCUGGACACCAGCAUCAAUCUUUUGACUGAGGUCACUGAGUUGGUGUCUUAGUGCAUUCACUGAUUUCUGGUCUUUGAAAGGUAAGACGAUUCUGAAUGGAGCAUCUUGUUCAUCGGAUACCCAUUGUUUAGAACAUGCAUUCUCAGUAAUCUUCAUGUCAAUAAAGUGUCUGAUGGUGUUCUCUACGACAGUGUCAGGAUAAUUGCAAGCGAGCAGAAACCUUUUUGAGACGUUCACAUCCCUGAUGGAAAAACUGCCAAGUAGAAGAGAGUUUAAAUGCCCAGUUUAACGUAAUGUCUUCAGCAGAGGAUGUUUGUUCUUGACAUCAAGCCCAAUAUCGGUUGGUUCACGUAGACCUUCACGUUUAGUCGGGGACCAUUUGUAAUAAUCACCAUUCCAAGAAAGGGAAGUUUGCUGUUGUCUUUGAGUUCCAUUAUGAAAGUGAUUGAGGGGUGCAUUUCAUUCUGUCAACAAGAAUUCAGAGACAGAUGAAACCUUGGCCAUUUUGCUGAGGGUGUUAUUGACAAAGCGGUUAUAGAAAGCAGGCAUCUUGUUUUAGUUUGUCAAUUGUUCUUCGAUAUUGCACAUAAAUGCAUGAGAGGAGAGCCCAUAGCAACCCCGUCCACUUGUUCAUACAAAUUUCCUACGAAUUAAAAAAGCUGGUUUUUUGUAGCAACCUCUAACAGCUCUAGAAGGUCAGUUUUUGUGAUGUUAAGGUCAUAUUCCUUGUUAAACAAAGCAUCUUUAAAAGCUUUCUCCGCUUUGAUUUUGACUGUUUCAUCCACUGGUACAUUUGUGAAAAGACACAAAACAUUAUAUAACACUAAAUUGUCGUGUUGGUCGAUUUUCAUCUCAUGAAGAUCAUCAGCAAAUGAGAAGAUGUCAGUAACAGUGUAGUCGUUGAUUGACAAAGGUUUUAGGUUUUCAUCUAGCCAGCUAACAAGUUUGUAGCUUAAGUUCUUGUUGCUGACAGACAAAUGGAUUGGAUAGACUGCUAGUUUCUUCUUAUUGGUCCUUGGUAGCCAUAAAGGUGUGUGAGCCUAGAAUCCUUUUGGAUCAGUGGGUCAGCAAUGGGUUUUCAGUAGAAUUCUUUGCACGAUGGAGGAGAGUUCCUUCUCCUUUUAAGCAUGGAAAGGAUCUGGAGACCAUCACAAGCAAUUUCAAAAUCUUAAAAAAGUGUCAGAGCAAACUCAAUUGCUUGAUCUUUGAAAUGCUGUUUAUUCAACGCACCUUGACGUCAGCCUCUACCGCUCAGUGAAAACCUACUCAAAAGGCUUCAGUGCCUCCAGUUUUCAGCUGCAAGCUUUAUUACAGGUCGUUAUGUGAACUCUGUGGAUACUAUACUUAAAUUGGGCUUGUUGCCUAUGAGGGGGCAACAUGACUGGCAUCUCCAUGAACACUGGCCAAGAAAUAUGACUUUAGAAACUAUUAGCUACUCUAGGACACUAUGCUCUAGUGAGACAAUAAUAUACCCAGUAAUACCGCUGGAAUUGAAUACCUUCCGGGACUGUGAGUCCAAACUAUUCAACUCCCUACCUGCUCCAGUGAAAUCUUGCACAAAUUUUGGGUCUUUUUCCUUCACUAGUUUAAAAGACGGAAGCAAAUUGUAGUAAUGUACAUGUAAUAGUACGUUCCAAAUACAGUUUCUUUUUAAAACCACAGUUAGGUGGUGAUUUAGUUUUUUUUCUACCACGCACGUUUCUGCUCCUGAUUUAAUAAUGUAUUUUUUCUUCUAGCUGAAUAUAUACUAUGUAUUCUAUAUUUUAUUAGCAGAUGUAGAGCCACUUUUUUAUGGAAAUGCUGUUAAUUUAAUAAAACAUUGUUAUUAUUAGUAGUAUUAUUUGUGAAUUCAAACCAAAACUGAACAAACAGUGUGACUCGAUCCGUGCAAAGCUAUUUAUUUAAUUCUUUCAAUUUUCAAUUUAUAUCUUAUAUAGUUUUUAUUGUUUUAGCGUUUCUGUUAUCAUUCAUGCUGUAAUUUUUCUUGCAUUGUUUCUUUGUAGAUAUCUUAGAGUUUUUUAGUCAGUAUCUCUUUAGCCCUUUCACAAUAAUUGUAUAUAAGCACAUGCUAAUUUGUUACUUCUAAACUUGAAAAUGAUUGUUGGGCAGUCAAAAUGUCUUUCUUUACUAUAAGUUGUAGUAGUUCAGUCACAGAAGCUUCUCCUACACUAUACCAACUGGAUAUGGACGGCACCUCAUUAAAUGCAUUUUCAACAGAUUUAAUGGCAGCAGACAAAUGAAACUAUAGUUGACUCCCAACAACUUGAACAUUCAAGGGAAAUUGAAAAAAGUUUAAGUUGUUGGGAGAUCAAAGCAAAUAACUCAGGGUGUUCAUUAAGAAUUCUAGUAGCAGGAGAUCAGAAAGGUGUAACAUUACAGCAGAAUAUUUUGAAUGAGUCCCCAUGUCUGAGUUAAAAUUGUCAUAUGCUACCAAAUGGUAGCCAGAGAAUUCUGCUUAGUACAUAUUAAAGAAUUCUUCGAUCUCUGAUGCCUAAUGAACAUGCUGUAAGGAAAUGGGAUGGGGGAGGAGUGCAAGUAUCAUGCUCACUUCGCUUCAAGGGCAGCAAGAGGUAUAUUUCUAUUUUGAAGGAGGAAUUCUAACCAACCUUGAUUAAUCAGUACAUGGCUAAACAUUGUAUUUAAUUUGACAAAAAAAGUAAAGAUAAAUAAUACAUGGUUGUUUUGAAAUCUAUUCAUAGAUGUAUCGAACUACAGCUCACUGCUUUUUUUGACUUGUCAUGUGCAAAAAUUACUACAAGUUAGUGACGGUUCAAGUUUUAAGGAGUCAACUGUCGUAUGUUGGUGGAAUCUUACUUUGUGGAUGCCUUGAAAAAUUGACACCAUUCCUGAUUAAGGAUAUUCUGAUAUUAGCAAGAAAUAUGAUGAAACAUUCUCAUGGCUGGUACUUUUCCUCAGGCUAAAAAAAGAAAAUAAUUAUGUGUGGAUAAGAACAAAUCUGAUUAGUUGUUUUAGAUCAGACAAAGAUCAGCAUCAACAAAAAUACUGGCAAUUUCCUGCUUGUGAUCUCAACACAACAAGUACACAUACAGGGACAAAGGCUUAUUGGACAACUAAAAUGUUUCUCCUGAUAUUAAAAAUAUAGUAUUCUGCAAAUUUUCCUGUCAACAGGUGUUAGAGUUGUUGCGUGGACAAAAUGCUGGUGUUGGUCGAUUGUUCAUCAGAGCUGCUUCAAGUAUUAUCAGAGAGAUGUUAGCUCAGUACCCUGAACUGGCACAGAAGUACAUCCUAUCUUUGAUUCUAGAACCUUUAGCAAAAACCACCAAGGAGAUUGAAGGUACCAGUACAUGUAUAUGUGUGAAUUGUUAUAUGUACGAUUGGAAUGUUGUGACUGCUGUGGAGUAGUGGAUGAUGUCAAGCCUAAACUGAGGGGUGUGAAGGGGUCAAACCAAUAAACCUUCAAAUUAUGUCGGGGAUAUGGAUGUUGCAGAGCACAAUAUUAUUUUAUGCAGCUGGUCUAUAACUAGCCUCUCAUGCAGAUGUUUCUAGGGGUUUGUCAUAUGUUCCUGCCCCAUGAACAUUUGCUGAAAUGAGCAGCCACUUCCGUUCGUAGAUAAGGACCAAUCAAAGUCCAUUUUCCAACUUUGGGUAAACUCGUGUUUGUUACUUAAAAUAUUACUCGGGACAAGCUAGCAGACUAAAAAAGGUUAAGUGCCAUGAUGUCUGAAACGUUUGGUAUUAGGGAGUUGAAACCGUAUCAAAAAGAAGCUUUAGUCCAAUUUUUGCAGAAGAAGAAAUCUCCUAACUGGAUGUGCCAAGUCGAUUAUUUAUCAAGCUUUACCGUUUGUUUUCAACUCAAUUUUUGAAACUGCUGGCCAUGUUGUUGUUGUGGUUUUGUGGCUUGGAAAUUGUAUCAAAGACCAGGUCCACAAGCAGGCAAAUCUUGGAAUUCUUACCGCCUCUAUUACAGGGUUUGCACAGUCUUGAAAAGUCCUUGAAUUUUAGGGGAAGUCCUUGAAAAGUCCUUAAAUUUCUGUGCAAGUCCUUGAAAAGUCCUUAAAUUUCUGUGCAUGUCCUUGAAAAGUCCUUGAAUUUUCUUCAACUUUGAAUGUAGUAGACUGGAAAGAUUUUUUGGAUGCUUUCUGGUUGUCCAAAAUCAUAGCUCAGAGAAUUUAAAGGUUAUUUUACAUAAAGUGCUCUAUGUUUUAUGCAAUAAUUAACUAUCAAUUUAAGACAAGUGAACUGAAAAUUAUAGAGAAGUUGGUGAAGCAAACAGUUUAAGCCCUUAAAGUCUUAUUAGAAUGGACUGGGAAUGUGCAUUUUUGUACAAUUUGUGAAAUUAUAUUCCUAUUCAGACUUUUUGCACUAGUCUUAUGAAAUGUAUGAUAGGUGGGUUAUUUGUUCGUCGCCGUAUCUUUUUUGUAGGGGGCAAAAAUUGGCUUGGUACAGUUUGUACUCAGUGGACGAAAACAUGUGCAAUCCUUGUGCCCUGCAGAUGAAAAGAUUGCUCAAUAAUCACUCUUUUGAUUAGGCCUUUAAUAUUGAUAGCACUGAAUCCAAAAUCAAACCCUGUCUUUCCCCAAGAUAGAAGCACAAAGAAAUCUUUCUGAAUAACCUUCUUAAGAGCUGAAUAAGAACAUGGAAUAUGAUGGAUACUUUGGUGAGAAGUUAUCGCAAAAAUUACGUCACAGGUGAACCACAGAUGUUGAUUUCCCUUCCUUUAGAGCAUGUGAUUGGCUUUACGCUUUACAAUCAGUCAAUGCUGAUUGGUUUCUUUAAACAAAAGCAAACGGCCAAAGAACAGGGAUGCGUGAUAACCCUUGAGAAUGUCUGCGUGGGAGGCUAGUCUAUUAUUAACAGGGACAAAUUCAAACAGCCUUUGCUUUAAAGUGCAAUUGGUUUGAACUACUUUUUUUCUAUACUUAGGGGAUGUUUCAGUUCUGUUUGUUGAUGAAUUUGCCGUAAUGAGAUGUGUUGAAGAUAUUCACAAGGUACUAGACAAAAUCCAAAGUUUGAGUUGUGAGCUUAAUCCUGUUUUUGUGGUAUCCAGAACAUUGUAUGAUAUUUCCUGCAUGGUAUCGUUGUUUUGUCUGAACCUGUGAUUUGUUUGACUGAACCUUCCUCUCCCUUGGACUUGCUUUGGAGGACCUUUUCAUAUAUCCUGAACAGAUUUUGCAUCAGUAUCAUUUUCCUUUGAGAAGUGAUGACCUCGCCCAAGAGGCAUAAGGACAGAGGUUCUGCAAGUUUGGUUUGGAAAGUUUUAGCUGUCAAUUAGUCUGUCCACUUAAGGUUUUCUAAAAUAAAGUUCUUCAUCUCUUAGGUUUUUGUUGUUGGAUCACACUUCAGUGGUUUAAAGUUUCUGUCAGCAGUUGUUCAUCCUGUUUUUGAGCUCUUUUGUUUCACAAGAAGAGGUGUGUCUCAUCUUAGGUAAGCACAGCAAGAUUUGCUUUACUUGAAAUUUUUUUUUGAAUUUUGUUAAAUAAUUCUUUGUGUAAAGGGAUUUUAAAGAGACUAUUAAAAAUAGCUAUCCAUGAGGAGGGCAAGUAUAGAGAAGAGAUGGGAGAGAAAAGAGAAAGCCUGCCUGAAAACACUGUGAAAAUGAGAAAAACCCCUUAUCAGCCCAGUCAAAAUGUGGUGUCAGCAAGCAAUUUUGCAACUUUAAGUGACAUAUUUGCCAUCUAAUCAACACUUAGGUUUAGUAAUACAGUCUAACCCCGCAUUACAGACACCUGAUAUAAUUAUGGACAGUUUGCUUUCCCCCUUGGGGAAAGAAAGCCCUUAUGUUUUCUCUAAAUUCAACCUGCUUAUUACAAAACGGGGUUUGACAGUGUUAAAAAACAGCCACACAAAUUUAGGUCUUUGCUGCCUGUUUCUGUAGUUAUCCUGCCUACAGCUGUAAAACAUUUUGACUGGCCUGCCUUAUUACUAAUAGUUAUAUUCUGGAAGGCAGUCCAAAAUCAAAAUGCUGACAAAAUUACUAUGUUUCCCUCUGACUAGAAUUUGAUUGCUAUGGUUGUAAAUGUAAUGUUUCUUGCCUUUUUAUGUGUAGAUUUAUGACAUUGUUAGUAGAUCAACAGAAUGACAUUGCAUUAUUUUCUUUUUGUCAUUGUAGAAUUAUUUGUUUCUCAUGAAUCACUUUCAAUUUCUUGUGCAGCUAAUUUCGACCUAACCAUGAAGGUUUCAAUGUCUCCAAAUUGUGUGUGCCUAAAAUUUUACUUUAACCAUGAUGGCUUUUAGAGGAGGAAAUGCCCCUCUGCUAUAAACUAUCACUUCAUUGGUGACAACAUCUGUGAAGCUUUGUCAAAAUGUCCCCUACAUAAACAAGAAGGUAAAAAAUCAGGCACUUUCCAAAGCCAGUUAGAUGGACUGUUAGGAGAUUUCUUGAUGAGAGUGUAGAAGGAUACUUUGCUACCCUCUUAAGCCCAUGAUUUAUGAACCACAUCCAGCUGAGAUGAGAGAUGUUCUCAACAGCAAAAUGAAAAAAUACAUCGUUGCUGUAGCAAAAGAAAUCCAUUAACUUACAAUUGACUACCAGGUGUUAAUUCAUUAGUGCUGUACUCUACUAAUCAGAUGCUCUGUUUGCCAAGUUACAGAGUUUGCAAAUAAACAAUGAGAUUGGGCAGGUGUAUUUUUUUUCUCCCCUUCCCCUCCCCUGCCUCGUUCUUUUGCCGUAAUCAACCCCAAGGGUUGUAAUUUAUUUAUAUUAAGAUGGUGCAUGGCCAUCACAUUACAAACAUAAACAAGCAAUUUUCUUUGCCUCUCGAUAACUGCCUGUAUUGCAGGCUAAAUAAUUUUAUUAGGAAAACAAUGGACCAUUUCUCAGCCUUCUCUUUUAUUUCAGGUCUGCACUUCGAGAAAUAUUGGUCCACAUGUUAAAACAUGCUGAGUCAUGUACAGCCCUUAGAAUGUUGUAUACUUUGGCUUUCAAGCAGAACCAACUACAGAACCUUAUAUUAACAAAAUCUUCUCUUGAUUUUGACCCAAAUAACAUGAAGAAUGACAAAGAAGAUAUUUCUGUAAAUCUUAUGAGUGACCAUUUUGUAUUUGCUCAUGGAGACAACGGUGGAGUGAUAAUCAAAUAUAAAAGUAAUAAUGAUGAUGAAAGUAGAACUGCUGAUGGCAUCUUAAACUCUUUACAACGUGAUGAACUGAGUCACAGUGAGGUGCGAGCACUGUGCAUUGUGGAACUUUUGAGUGCACUGAAGAAGGACAGUCUUGCCGGAGACUUCUUUUUAUAUUUGGUGCAAGAAUUAACAACUCUCAUAGCAAAUUUCUCAGGGGACAUGGAGACACAAGGUAAGAUUUUUUCUCAAGUGUGCAUGGUACUGAUGAUUUGCAACUUGUGUUUUAGGGUUUAGAGAUUCAGGGGCAGAUUCAUAAAUGUUUGUCAACGGUGUCUAAUGCAACUUACGCAUGCUGUUGAAUCCGAUAAUUUCCACCUUUCGAGUCCAUAAUUGAUUAGUUUGUAUUAUGUAGACUUACAUUGUGAUGUACACAGUCAACUUUGGUGUUCUACUCGUAGAAACAAACCUUUGUUUGAAACAUUUUUCGGUGAUAAAAUAAUUUUGUGUAGAUUUUGGCAUGAUUUGAACAAACUCCUUCACUAGUUUUGGCUGUUUCUGUAGCUAUCAGAAGUAUCCAGGAUGUUCAGGUUUUUUUGGCAGGCUCAAUCAGGGUCAAUCAGGUGAAUCAUUGGUUGUCAAGAUAUUGCGAUUUUUUUUUAUUUUCUUUGGGUGUACUAUUUGUUAUGUUUUCAUGUUUGUCAGUUUAUUUUUCAGCACUUUAACCCAUUUGCUCCUGGAGAUUUUGCCGAAAAACGCGUUUUGAAGCUAGUCGAGUGGUUUUCUGGUCACUGUCGUGGUAUAAAGAGCUAAAACUUACCACAACCGGUUUACAGGUCGUACACUUGGCGGCCUUCUGAUCCAGAUGCAAACUAUCAGCUUGCGAAGUUCGGGCAUGCGCAGAAAGCAAAAUUUCGACGAGUUUUUGGAUUUAAAAGUGACACAGCAGUCUUGACUUUUACUUUUCGCUUUCUCUCCUCCCUUCUUUUUUCGCUUUUCUUGCCUCAUUUUUUUUUCUCUUGCUGGGCAUUUAGUAGGCUUCAUUUUGGUGGGAAGAGUUUUUAGGAAAGCUUUUAGGAUCUUAGGAUUAGGUGAAAGGAAAGGUAGGUGGGUAAUGGAACAAGAUUUUCAUGGAGAUUUUCAGGUCAAUGUCACGUGGUUUUUUGCUUCUUUCUCCGGUGUCCUUGACUGAAUUGUGCUCAUUCUGGUAUGGUUUGAAAGAUCUGUUCACUCUGCACAAGUUAGCGAAGAAAGUUGUCCUUGACCGUUAAAACUGAUGACGUCACAAAGGGUAGAAAGGACCUGGAUCCGCACGGGCGGUUACGGGCGGUUCGGGGGCAAAUGGGUUAAAAUUAUGUUAUGGUUUUAGUGUUACAUGUAUACAGAUAAAAUAUUUUUGUCUUUAUCUUUAUUUUAAAUUAAAUCCUUAAGAUGAAAGUGUGAAAUAUUUUUGGUGGUAAUAAUGCAUGUAUGUAUGAUGGGUAGCCAAGUGCAUGAUGAAAAGUCAUUAAAAAUGCACUGUGUACUGUAGGCCAGUAACACAUUCUAAUCAGCCAAUGAGCUUCAAGAAUUUCAUACAGGUCACAAAUUUUGUUUCACCCCAGUCCUAAAUUGCCAGUUUGCUAUAAUUAUGGUUCUUUUACCACGUGGCAUUCAUACGAGGAUCAGGCCAUAAUCACUUUUCAAGUAAUAAGUGUUUCUGGUGAUGGCAUGAAUAUCUUAUGAAGGGAGAAGAAGUUCUUUCAUUAAGUUACUCUGCUGUUUUUCUUUGCACAUAUUGAAUAUAUGAUGUAACUUUCUCUAUCCCGUCAUAUUUUUGUGAUUGUUAGAGGGGUGGCCGCCAGGGGGGUGGCUGUAGGUGUUUCUACGUAUCCUGUGUUUGAGCUCGAGUUAUUUGAUAAAACACCACAACCACAAAUCUUUAGCUCGGAAAUAUUACAUAUAGCUUUCCAUGAUUCAUUUUUUAAUAAAUAAUUGGCUUUUUGCAGGCACUCAGCAGAGUCUCUUGAUCCUCCAUCUUGUUGCUUUGAUGUGUGAGAAACUGGGACCUUCUAUUCUGAAGAACACUUCACAGAUGCUGGCCUUCAUACAAUCCACACUGAAGCGUGCUUGCACUGUUCUUGAAGCAGAUGAGAAGGGUCUGGCUACUGAAUUCCUUACAGAGACACUGACUAUGUCCUUAGGGAUGCUAUCAGCUCUGUUGGGUGGGGCAGCUGAGGUAAUCUUACAUGUAGAUCUUGUUGAUGCAUUCAGUUAGAGCUCAAUGAUCCUGUCACAAUUUUGACCUGCACAAACCAUAAAUUAGGUUGGAGCUUACACUGUAUUCCUUUCAAGAAAGAGUAAGUUAACUUAUAAAAUCUCUAGUGCAGGUCCAGUGUAUUGAACUAGAUCUUCGCCAGUGAUCAUUGAAUUUAAUUUCUGCAAAACUAUCUGUCACUAACUACACGUAGAUACUAGUGUGUUGCCUCAUGUUGCCUCAUCUAUCUUGGAAUUGGAAUUUUUUGCUACUGAUUUAAGAAUCCAAACUGUGAGACCAUGAAGUGUGCUUACCGAAAUUAAAAAUAAAAUAAAGAGACUUUGGUAUGAUGUGAUAAUCUAAGGUUAUCUAAGGUUUGACCUUGAAGACAAAAAAAAUAGUACAUUUACUAAUUAAUUUAUUUAUAUGUUAUAAUGCACAAAGGUUUGCGAUCACUGUGAAUGUGCAUAAAAAUAAAAAUAACAAAUAACAAAUAGACAGUAAAAUGAAAUUAUGUAUAAAAUCAACAGGAGAAAGUGUAAUGUUAUUGAAAGAAAAUUAAAUUCGAGCUCUGGAAGUAAAUGUAAAUACGGCUUUCUCGAUGAUUAAUUUCAGAUCAAAAGAGAUGACAGGCCUCUUUUUGAGGAUCUUCUGCCAUUAUUGGAGAAACUUUGUGAAGAACAUCCAACGGUAGAGGUACAAGACAUGGCCAGUGAUCUACGGAUUACCAUAGCAACACAUGGUGCUGUGUGGAGCCACAGAAUCAAUGAUGCUGCGAAAACUCUGGGAAAACCAAAAGAUACAGUUAAGAGGGAAAGUGCAGCAUUUGAAGGUAUUGUAUCAUUUAUUAGCAUUCUGAACUACACGUAACCAUCUUCAAUAUCUAAAAUCGUAUCUCAAUUGUGGAAUUUGUAUUUUCAGCAGAAAAACAAUCUCAUGAAAGCGUCAGUUCAGAAUUCGAUGAAGCCUUCGCCCAGUUGUGUGAUGCUCUGGUUCCUGUCCGAGGUCACGCCAUGAUAAAACUGGCCUCACUUUUGCGCCGCAGGGACCCCAAAGCCAUGGAAAGUGCCGAUACACUGCUGAAGAUUUUUCUAGAACAGUUAUCGCACGAUGACUCUUAUAUCUACCUGGCAGCCAUACAAGGACUUGUCUCAUUGGCGGAUAUCAGGGCUGAUACCGUUAUCCCACGACUCACUCAUGAGUUCGCCACUUGCAGAAAGGAUAUGGCAGCUGAAGUCAAAGAAGGAAAAGAGAAAGGUUAUUAUUUACCAGGCAGUAAAGGUUAGUUUUCUGUUACUAUAUUCAUUAUCAGUUUUAUCUUUAGUUAUGACUAUUCUUUUAAUCUACUAUGUAAUAGCCUUCUGCAGAGAGCGUCUUAAAUUUUGUUUCGUCAAGCAUGGGAAAACUUGUGGAUUUUCAUUUGUUCGAGUUCUAGUGGUUCUUUAAUUCAUUUUAUGGAAGCGGGUGUGGCCGACGGGUAAUAUCUCAAACUCCAGAUGUGGAGGUCCGGGGUUCAAGUCUCGCCCGCCGCGUUGUUUCCUUAGACAGGGAACUUUACUCCACUUUGUCUGUCUUCACCCAGGUGUAUAAAUGGGUAUGGGUGACAUACUGCUGGGGGGUAACCCCGCGAUGGACUAGCAUACCGUCCAGGGGGGAGUAGCAAUACUCCUAGGCAUGCUUCACGCUAAGGAAACCAGGAUAAGCUGCGGCCGCGGUUUGCGGGGCCUUUGGCUCGUGUGCGCCUUCAUCUUUUUACCUUUAAUUCAUUUCGUUUCGAGAAGCUUAAGGCUCUGUUCACGCCAUACCGGAUAGCUUUUGCGCCGGCGCGAAAACCAUUUACCGGAUAGGGAUUCUGUUCACACAUACGAACGGUGAUUUUGGCGCGAUUUCUGUAACGGAGCGAAGCUGCGCCGCGCGGAUCUCUAAAGUUGAGUGACGUCACAUAUCGGAUAGGUGUUCACACUACACUAUACCGCACAGCUUUUCAUGUCGGCACUGCGAAAAGCUCUCCGGUAUAGUGUGAACAUAGGGGGCCAAACAAACUGAGUAAUUUCCUUGUCCACAAAACACCGUCUUUCCCUGUAAAAAAGUUAACAACAGAUGGAGAGCGAAAGAAGUGGACACCUAUAAAAAUUUUUUUCGUUAUUUUUUCAGCUGGAAACCACUGUCUGGUGAACUGUUUCUUUUAAAUGAAAGAAGAUUUGUUUAAGCCGAGCAAAGUCGCUUGUUAAAAGUCUUAGCUACAUUCUUUUCGUAAGCUGAUUCCCUGACAUGUCAUAUAAUCGCUGGCCUCUUCACACAACACGCUAAAACGAGUGCUAUUUCCUGAUUAUUUUCAGUUUCACAUGUAUCCAGCAGACCUCCCAGAUCUCCAGAGUCCCGGAUGAAGUUGGGAGAAGCACUUGUCAAGGCGACUAGAAACUGUGGUGAGCUGGUCCCUAGAUACUCCCAGCAUCUUUUGUCAGCCUUAUUGACCGGUGUGAAAGAUCCCGAGCCCCUUGUACGGGCCAGCAGUGUUUCUAAUCUUGGUGAUGUCUGUCAAUUGUUGAGGUUCUCGCUGGGUUCAGUAGUAAAUGAGGUUUGUAAUUUACCAUUAAAACGUUGUGGGUUGAAUAAGUACAUAGCCGCAUAUAUCAGUUCUUUUUUUUCUGGUUUUGGUGCCCUCUCGUUUGAGAAAAAAAUCAAGGAAUCAAGUGUUAGGUGUGGCUUUUAUGUGCAGCGUUUGAGCUAAGCUAUUGAUGGGAGUAGGUUAGAGGCUCUCUAUGGGCACGUACCAACGCCGAUUCCGUCGCGUGGUUUCCAUCAAAUAGUCGGUUUUUUAACGAAAUCAUCGCUUGCAUAUCAAGAAUUGUUUUGUGUGGUAGCGCUGCUAGCGAGCUUGAGCAACAACGACGACGACGACGGAAUCGAGAAAAUCUGUGAUGUUCAUGCAUGUUCACUUUUUGGUAGAUUACUUUGCUGUCAUCGCCGCAUAACUAACCUCUUCAACCUUGAUCAUAAUGGGAAUGCGAGUCUAAGAGCGUCGUUUCAUCAAUAGCAAUCGUCGUAACGUCCAUCUCGUCGGAAAUACCCAUACAUAGUCUCCUGUUACCUUGACAACAUAAUGAAACAUAUUGUUCAUUGCGGUAUGCCGUGUAUGGUUUGUGUCACGAUAGUCACUUUAUAGUCGAUGGUGACUCACGUUUUGACCGCGUACUGCGGGUCUUUAUCGGGGAUUGUGUCAACCGUUCCUCGUGGGACUUUUCAUAUUAGCAACCCUGGUGUUACUUAUGGUCCCUCUCAGCAAACUGACGCCAUCGCUUGAUAUAAUCCUGCAGAAUGCGGUGGAAACUUUAUUCACGAUCAAUAACGAAGUGACUUUCGUCAACGAUAAGGAGGAAGGAUUAGCGCGGUUGGUUCGUGCGCAGCCUUCUGUGCGGGAGGUCCCGAGUUCAAUUCGCAGUGAGACCUCUAAUCCUUCUUUCGACUUCUUUCCUUUCCGUGUAACUUUAAGUAGCUUUAUAAAUACCCGUAAAACGGAGCACUGAUGGAGAGAGAGAGGGAUGGGGGGUGGGGGGAUGGUUAAAAAGGGCGCUUGGUCGGCCUCAGGUUUGUUAGUUAGAUGACUAUAGAUGACUAUUUCGAACUACCGACGUAAAAUAAGGACUUUCUAACCUUCCUUUGCCUUUAUAACAUACCCAAUUUGUUGUAACAAGCUUUCUAAAUUCUGAUAAAUUAUUUGCUCCCUUCACCAUGAGAACAAUGCACUCAUGAAAAAAUUUUUCCUACUGUCUUGUAGAUUUUUAGUUGUGUGUCUGCAGUUCUGAAAACAGACAAGUCUGCUGAAGUUAGGAGAGCUUCGGUACUUGUUAUAACCUUGCUGUUGAGAGGACUCGGAAAGAAUAUCAUGGAGGUGAGCCGGCCAUGUCAGUUUUAGCUCUCCUUGUUUGAAGAGAACACUAAUAAGCAUGAUAACUAAAGGGUUCCCUUUGGGGGACGACGUUCUGUAUGCGUGCAAUUUGCAGCAGUUUAGAAUAUACUGUACUGGGAGCAGUCGGUCAAUUUGUAUGGGCGAUGUCACGAGAAUAUUGCUGUUUUAAGUCAAUUCCUUAUUUAAAAUAGUGACUUAGUGCCUUUACACAAACAAAAAAUGUUCCUGUAGCUAGAGUCAUGAAGAAGAGAUCAAACAAAUGUCAUUGCACAGCACUAACCACAAUACUUUUUUGGUGAAUUUUUCAGGCAUAUCAUUACGUUUUAAAAAAAUUGACCCAAUGUUUUCAAGUUUCAAUCCUUGUCUGUUGUUGCCAUCCGUUGCAAUAGACGACAGGAAACAGUUUCAAUGCCUAAAUAUAGCCUCACAUGUAAAUAACAAAACUGGACAAUUUUUUUUUGGAAUUCAAUAAAAUUAAUGCGAAGACACGCUUUAGCUUUUUAAAAAGAUGGAAAAUAGCGUGACAUUUAGCUCCUUGAAAGUUUGGUUGACGUUUUCAUUAGCAGCGGCUUUCGCAAAUAUGAUUCAGUUUCCGUAAAUACGGUAGGCUAGUGACCGUCACCGUCUGUCAACUUAUUUACUGUAUGUAUUCGAUUAAGCGUCCGACCUCGCCCCGUCCGUAGCGUCCUGCACGCAGACGUUCUUAGGGCUUCGUUCUUAGGACGGAACGCGUCACGAAGUCCUAUUAACCGUAAAUUAGCAACGAUUAAUUAGCCGUAAUAGGAUCCUCUUACUAAUUAUUCCCUUGAAAGUUUCUUAGGGCUGGGUUGUUCAAAGCUGGAUUAGUGCGAAAUUUGUACUCAGAUUUGAAAGGUAAAAAAGCAAAUUCAGUUUAAUUCUUUUUGUCUACAAUAUGAUGAUUGGAUGAUCUUAAAAGUAUUGAGAAAAUUACCCCAGGAAAACCCGGAUAAAAAUUCAAUCUCAGGUUGGCGCUAAUCGGCCUUCGGCUUGUACGUAUCUUUUAGAUUUGAUUGUAGAGGGACUCAAACGGUUAACUCUUUGUUGUUGCCUUUUAGGUUCUCAGUUCAAUACUAAAGGAGGUUUACCAGUUAUUAAAGCUUGUAGAGGCAGUAGAUACAGACAUUGUAACUCGAACCCAUGCACAAGUUGCAUUGGGAGAACUGAACUCCAUCACAAGAGAGUAUCUAUUUCCUGAACAGACUUUUACUAAGCGCAUUCAAGUGUUACCAUGA